CCACUCUACUUCAUAAUACAACACGACCCCCAAAUUACCAUCUACGACACCUGACCGACCCUUGCAGACCUUCACUACUACCAAUAUGCCAGACGAUCGAGGCAUGAAGCGGCAGCGCUCCCCCUCGCGCUCCCCCUCGCGGUCGCCACCUCGCCAGCGAAAACGACCCGGCGCUGGCUCACGCAUCUCGGCCGCUCAGCGGGAAGCUGCCCGACAGCGCCAGCUCCAGCGCGAGAAGGAAGCUGAGGAACGGGCGCAUCAGGAAGCUUCUCAGCGCGGUGUGCAUGAUGUGGUCAAGCAGCACUACAACUCAGUGCCCGAGCGUGGUCGUGACUGGCGUGUAACCGAGUCCAAGAUCAAAGGCCUACGAUCCUACAACAACUGGGUCAAGUCGGCCACCAUCUCCAAGUUCAUCGGCGACGAGCGCAAUCUCAAAAUCUUAGACAUGGGCUGCGGCAAGGGUGGUGAUCUGCAGAAGUGGCAAGCCUCCCGCAAAGUCGCCCUGUACGUUGGUGCGGACCCUGCCGAUGUCUCCAUUAAGAACGCGAGGGAUCGUUACGAGCAGAUGCGCAAACGGUCCAAGGGCCGUGUAUUUCAUGCUGAAUUCUUUGUCAAGGACUGCUUUGGGGAGCGCAUGGAUGACAUCAAUAUCGUCAAAGACGUGGGCUUCGACCCCGGGGUUGGUCCCGGCAAUGCAAUGAGCCAGCGGUGGGGCGGAGGCGGAUUCGACAUGGUUACAAUGCAAUUCUGUAUGCACUACGCCUUCGAGAGUGAGGAAAAAGCUCGAGGCAUGCUCCGCAACGUAUCGGGCGCUUUGAAGCGGGGAGGGCGCUUCAUCGGCACGAUACCCAACUCAGAUGUGCUGUCAGACAAGGUCAUUGAGCAUCACAAAUCCAAGGGCACUGCCGUUAGCAACGGAAAUGGUGCUGCCGACGAGGAAGACGACCGCCCGACAUUUGCCAGUGACGACGAAGACGACUGGGACCCUGAGAAGAGUCUCGACAGUCCAAAGCCCAAGGAGAACAAUGCGGAGGAGGAGGCCAUGGCAGCUCCAGACAAAGGAAAAGAGAAGGAAAAGGAGGAGGGCCAGGUGGAAGACGAGGGCUUUCAGUUUGGAAAUAGUCUCUACACUGUCAAGUUCCCGGGUAAGACUCCUCCUGACGGCACGUUCCGACCACCCUUUGGCUGGCGGUACUUCUAUCACUUGGAGGAAGCCGUCGAAGCCCCCGAGUACGUUGUGCCGUGGGAGGCAUUCCGUGCACUGGCAGAAGAUUACAACCUUGAACUUCAGUAUCGCAAGCCUUUCCGCGAGGUAUGGGAUGAGCAAAAGGAUGAUCGAGACUUGGGCCCGCUCAGCGAGAGGAUGGGGGUGCGCGACCGCAAUACAGGCAGGCUGUUGACCAACGCGGAAGAAUUGGAUGCAGCCGACAUAUACCACACGUUCUGCUUCUACAAGGUGUGA